UUUCCCGCCAAAUAUUUUCCUGUUUACAACUAAGAAAUCCUGCCUUAAAAUUAUCUUUUUUCUCGAAAAUAAGAAGCCUUACACAUUACAGUAUGCCUCCGAAAACUAAAGCAAAGGGAAGUAAAAGAUCAAAAGACAGUUCAGGAGAUGAAGAAGCAAAACCUAGCAAAAAAUCCAAGAAAAAUAUAGAAGAAAAUAGUGCUGAAAGUUCUGGCUCUGAGGAAUUGGAUUUAACAGAAGAUUGCGUGAAAAGAGGAGACAAACAUAGUAAUUUUAAGAUAUCUUCAUGGAACGUCAAUGGUGUGAGAGCAUGGUUGAAAUGCAAACCAAGCUCUUACAUCAUGCGAGAAAAGCCAGACAUAUUAUGUUUGCAGGAGAUAAAAUGUGAUAAAAAAGAUUUCCCUAAGGAAGCAAAAUUUUCAGGAUAUCACAUGUACCUGAACUCUGCUGAUCAGAAGGGAUAUUCUGGUGUCGGAAUUUUUAGCAAAAAAGAGCCCCUGGAAGUAGUAAAUGGCAUUGGGAUCGAAGAGCAUGAUAAUGAAGGUCGGGUUAUCACGGCAGAAUACAAAGACUUUUACCUCGUCAAUGCUUAUGUUCCUAAUUCUGGGCGUGGUUUACCAAGACUUGAAUACCGACAGAAGUGGGACGUAGACUUAACAGCUUACCUCAAGAAACUGGACAAGACAAAACCUGUAAUAUUGUGUGGAGACUUGAAUGUGGCACACAAAGAAAUAGAUUUGGCAAACCCAGGCUCGAACAAACGAACUGCUGGAUUCACGAUAGAAGAAAGAAAUGGUUUUAGUAAAUUACUGCAAGAGGGUUUCACCGAUACGUUCAGGGAGUUCUACCCUGACAAGAAGGGUGCUUACUCGUUCUGGACAUACAUGAGGAAUGCUAGAGCCAAAAACGUAGGCUGGCGUCUUGACUAUUUUGUGCUGUCAAAGAGACUGGUACCUAAAGUCUGUGACAGCGUCAUCAGGUCACGUGUCAAGGGAAGUGACCACUGCCCUAUCGGUCUUUUACUGGCAUUGUAGAGUUUCAUUUUCAAACAAGCCCUAUCUCCAUUGGUUAGACUUUUAUAAACUUGACCAAUCAGAAGUGAUAUAUGAACUAGGCAUGUUUACUGUUUUUUUCCAUUUCAGACGGUGUACCAUUCUCUUGAGUAUUAUUUCUUUCCUUUAUACAACAACACUUGGAAAGUUACGUUUAUAUAAAUGAAAUUCAACUAAGAACCAUAAGCCCAAAAAUACUACAGGUUUAAUGCGUUCGUGAAACUUUGUGCCUGCGAUCUCGGGUAAGCGGAUUCAUCUCAAAGUGGUCGCCAGGCUUUUCUGAUUAACGAAACGGGCCCGGUUCCCACUAAAAAUUUAACGGGGAAAUUAUAAAAAUAGCACAACAUAACAUAAAAGUAAUAGAGACUGGAAAUUGUUUCUACUGAUAAGCCCUUUUUAUUAUUUUAAAGUAAUGUCAUGCACUGUUGCCCUUAAUUCUUUAAUUUUAACAACUGAAAAUAUCCAAUCACAGGGCUUCAAGAGAAUAUUAAGAACUUACUUCAUAUUCUCUUGCAGGGCUUGGAAAGCCAUUUCAGAGUCGCAUACCAAUCGAUCAGAAGUCCAUGAAAUUUCGAGGAAUAUGAUUGGUUUUGCGGUUCUGUCUUAAAACACAUGAUCGGACACCCCCUAUUACCAAAUGAACUACUGCACUCAAUCUUUCUUCAAGAUAUAGAACUAAGUUUUUUAGCAAGCCUUGUACCAUCACACUCUUCGCCGUAUACAAAUGUAUCAAUAGAGUGUCUUUUCCUACCUGUGAUAACGUUACUAAAACUGCUAUGAAUAGUAGCAAGAAAAAACUCGCAUUCGGUGAGAAGCGCCAUGUCGACUAAGAUCAUUCGAAGAGUAUCUUUCCUCUUAGAAUAUUCUAAAUGUUCUGGCUUGAAAUCCACAGUGAACAGUUUUUCUUUGUAGGUCAUUUUGGCGUAGUUUUUCACGUCUACAUUAUCUGUGGCCAGAAACCAUUUGAUUUCUUCAUUAGGCGCAAGGUCAAGCAGAUUACUUUCGUAAAUGUACUUUUCAACUUUUUCUGCACACGAGAAAAAAUUCUUGAAUUGAGUUGUGCGAAUGCUUCGAAUAUUACGCACUCCGAACUGAAAGUCACUCGUCCUUAUAUGCAUGCAUAUCGCUUUACGAGGUUUUGAAACCCUAUUCCCAGGCAUUAACCUCUUCCUAUAUUUUUGGAUCAACGAGGAUAGAUUUUUGGUGGGUUUGAACAAAAAAUCAUAGGCACAUCCAAGAGUUGCGAACGGAAAGUUUGAAUCUUUCUUUGGUAGGUCUAAGUUCAUCGCCUUGAGUUUUAGAUAUUUGUUGUUCAAAACUUGGUCGCCGAAGUACCGGAUCGUCCCUAUGAGCUCGUACUGCAAAGUUAGUGUGGCAGAAAAAUUCGUAUUAGAUACCCAUUGUUUAAAUUUUAUGGCUGAUUCAACUCUUAUGUCGGUGUACUUUUUACUGUAGUUUGGUCUACUGCUACCCCAAUAAUGGUACUUGGAUUUAUUUCCAAUCUUCAAUAGAUUAAUUGGAUAAUCCCACUCAAUUUUUCUUGGCUGCAGACAAUCUAUUAAUUUAGUAGCUCCCUCCCAGUGAAUCAAAAAUACUCUAUUGGUAAGGACAGCUAAAUACAAGAGAGAUGCAAUGCCAAAGAUACGAUUCCCAAGACCUCCACAGUUGUUGUCCAGGCAGGUAUAUACCAGGAAUCUUGCUGUUUCGGGUGAUUUAAGGGCAUUGCGAUGGAAUUGGGCGUAUCUUUGUUGCCAAGUUCCACAAGAGAAAGCCUUGUUCUUUGUUGGAUUUAUGGAAUUUGUGUUAAGAAGACUGGUUUUUUUCUUGAAGGAACACUUGACACGAGCUUGGGAAACAAGUGUUUUCAUGACUUUGUCUGUAAUUUGAAGAAAACACAAAUAAGAAUAAUKGAUGUCGUUAUUGUGGCUACUGCCUCGUAGAGGCGAAGCCACUAUGUCAUCGAGUCGUACUGUAAGUCCGUAAAACCACAGGAAGCCCAAACUUUCUCAACCCAUAAACUUCGGAAAUAAAGUAAAUGUUCUAUCAAA